UAAUGAUUAACAGUGAUAUCGUUCCGCCGCCCUCGGCAUCCCUGGAAUUGAACACAAAUCGUAAACAGGCCCUGUGCACGGAUGGUAGCUCUGCCGAGGGGGUUGUAAUCUUCCCGCCCAAGUCCCCUGUGGCCUUUCCGGCGGAAUAUUUCGGUCGCUUUUGGGUGGAAAUGCAGCUCAGUUGACGGGCGAAAGUAGUGCGUGUCGCAUCACAGCCUGAGCCUGCCGUGCCGUGUACGUGUGUGUUUAUCUCCUACCCGGCAGCGUGUGUGCAUGUUGGAGUGGCACAGCCACAGUGGUGCGUGCGGCAGUCUGGCGAUGGCCUCCGACUUCCAGGAUGGGUCCUGCACCAUCGCAGUGCCGCCCGUAGCGCUGGUGGACGUCGACCCGGCAGACAGCCGAAAGAGACCGUUGGAGGGAGCCGUGGAGAUGGGCAACUCGAAGCGAUCCAACUUCGGCGGCGAAGGAGGGCCCGAGGAUGGCCAGCUCCUUCUGAAGGUGUUGAUACCGAGUUACGCCGCCGGCUCGAUCAUAGGAAAGGGCGGCCAGACCAUCGUGCAGCUACAGAAAGAGACGGGAGCGACGAUAAAGCUCUCCAAAUCCAAUGAUUUCUACCCAGGAACGACAGAGAGGAUAGUUGUGAUUACUGGCAGCGAGGAUUCCCUGAAAGCCGUUCACAAGUUCCUGAUGGAGAAAAUCGGGCAGGCACCCCAGCCGCCCGCCAAGUCGCCCAGCGAACAAAAUGCCAACAACAACCGUGCCAAACAGGUGAAAAUCGUGGUUCCCAACAGUACGGCGGGAUUGAUCAUCGGAAAGGGCGGAGCCACCAUCAAGUUCAUAAUGGAGCAGACGGGUUCUCGCGUCCAGAUCUCGCAGAAGGCGACGAACGGGAUCAACCUUCCCGAGCGCGUCAUCACGAUCACCGGGGAGCCGGAGCAGAACGACAAGGCGUGUGCGUUCAUCGUGAACAAAAUCGUGGAGGAUCCGCAGAGCGGGAGCUGCCCCAACAUCAGCUAUGCCACGUACACUGGACCUGUAGCCAAUGCGAACCCCACUGGUUCUCCGUACGCCAGUCCCAUGUCGCCGCUUCAGAACGGCAGCGCUUCUCCGACCGCCCUGGCGGCGCAGAGCCUGUCCAACGUGGGGUUUAGCUUGGGAGCGGCCGGUUUAGGGCCGGUGGGUCAGGCCGACGCGGCCGCGGCGCACAUCACGGCCGCGCUCAACACGCUAGCUACUUACGGCUAUUCCAACCUGACGGGCGGAUUGGGGGUGAGCCUGGGUGGGGGGGCGGCCACACUCCCGACCGCGGUGGGGGUCACGAACGGGGCCAGCCCGCCGGCAACGUUGCUCACAAACUACAGUAGUAACGGCACGGCCGCCAACGGCGUUCGAGAGAGCUCAGGUUUUAACGGCACCUCCAGUGCGGCGGCCAAUGGGUAUAACAUAGGCGCCCUGGGCAACGCCAACGCGGCCGCAUUCGGCGCCGCGGGCUCCCUGGGUGCCCUGGGCGCGUUCAGCGGAGCUGCGGGUCUGUUGGGGCUGGCCAACACGGAGAAACUUUUGGAUGGGUCCAAAAAUGUGGUAGAGUUAGAGGUACCCGAAAACUUGGUGGGCGCCAUAUUGGGGAAGGGAGGCAAAACGCUAGUGGAGUUUCAGGAGUACAGUGGGGCUCGCAUCCAGAUUUCCAAAGGGGAGUUCACCCCGGGCACAAACAACCGAAAAGUGACUAUUACGGGAACGCCUGCCGCCACGCAGACUGCACAAUACCUGGUCAGAGCACGGAUUGCACAAGAGGAGGCCAUGCGAGCCAAGAAGCAGCAGCAGAAGUAGUGAGUGAGCGGGCAACAACAACACCUACAACAACACCUGUACAAGACUCACACAGACGUAAGUGAAGUCAUUCUGUCUCAGAACCAUUUCCUUCCUUCCUUGAGUUCCAGCAUCCCACAGUGCUUCCCAGGAACUUUGACUGGACUCAUCAGUAUUAUGUGUACCCAUUGCCAUAAUGCUCUCUAUCUCCAUGUGGAAAGCCACAGGACCAUGUCUGUUCCACUGAGUCCAAGGCAACGUACGUACGUGUAUGCCCCAUGACAUGGUAUCAUCUGCCUACAACAUCCAUUUUGAACUGUUGGAGCACCCCCCAUAUGCAAAGGUAAAAUGCAAUGGGCACUGACUGGUUCAAGCUUCUCUUACUUAUAGUCUAGAGCUGGCUCCAAAAUAAUUCAUCCCAUGCCAUCCUCAAGAACAUGUGCAAAUGGAUUGACAAGUUGUCAGGUUCUCCCUUGGUGGGUGGAGGGCAGACGCUGUACCCUGACUCUGUUCGUGCCAUGUGACUCAUGCCAUAUAGUGACAAACCUUCUUGCCAAACUCUCUCUGUCCUAGCUCUUCCAGCAAUACCCAGUGGGUGUUUUAAACCUUUCUAUAUGUGCCAGUCGAAACCUUUUCCUGUCCAUGAAGUAACAUUUGCUGUUAUAAUUAUUAACAACACCUCCAAACAUGUAGUCUUCUUACCAUGCUGACUACAGCUUCGAUAGUCUACAAAAUACAAGUGGUUUUCAUCCACUCCUCGUGAACUACGUAAAUAAGAGAAUGUAGAGUAAAUGUUGUAUUUUCCACUCUUCCUACUACAUUAGUGGUUCCUAAAACAGAGACGCUGAUUAUUUUUAAUUUGUUUAUAUGGAAGGCUUUGUAUUUCUCUUUGAUACAAAAGCUGAAUUUUAAAUGAUUUGCUAUGAUUGUAAAGAGAAAGUCAUAUUAAAAUUAUUUUGAAGUACAACAUUGAAGGAUUCAACUUUUACUUUCGUUAUUUUGUUUUUACUCCGCAUUGUAUUUACACAUAUAUAGAUAUUGUAUGAAUUGCUCGAAUGUAGUUUGCUACUUGUAUAAUUAUUAGAUAUAUGUAGAUAGUAGUGCUUGCAGUGGUAGACGCAGGAUUGUGCAAUAUUGUAAAACCAAGUCCAUGUCACAGUGGAAGGUGGGUUGUUGUGUAUUGCUGUAGCUACCACAACUAGUGUACCAUACACAUGGUGUUAACAAGCAUUGUCAUUUCACACCAUCCUCAUACAUAAAACCAUAGUAUCACCAUCUCA